AUGGCUUUCUGGGCACGUGUACUCUUUUUCGGCCUUCUGGCACUAUACCAUGGAGUUGUCCAGUGCACGGCCGUUGUAAGCAACCAAGAGAUUACUCUGGAAUCGCCUUUCCAGCCCGAGUCUGCUCCUAUCAUUACAGUUGGUACAGCCGUGGAAACCAAUGGUAUCUUGUCUGAACUCCUCCAUAAUCUGUCCACAUUCGCAACGAUCCACAGGCGACCCUCCCAUCAAAUUAUAACAGCACAGGAUAUGGACCUCCCCACUGUGACUCAAUCUGGAUCUCCUUCUCUCUACCCUACUCGCACCGGUGAAGACACUAGUGGAUCUGACCCUUCGCCCGGCAGCUCACUCACACAGGGUCCUAUUGUGACAGGGAUAAUUGAGGGAACUCUCCGAAGUUAUCUUGACGAUGGACGUCUAGAAGGAUGUCAUUUGGAUGAAGCAAACCCCGAGUGCCUGGAACUAUGGCCACAGGAGGACGGACUAUCUCGGCGAGAUGACUACAAUGACGGCUAUGGCUUCGGAUACGGUCCCAGUACAACCUCUGUUGGAAACGGUGGCUAUGGGAACCCCCCUAAGCCUACAAACCUGCCUCCUGGUGCUUAUGGCAACCAACAGACCCCCGCAAUUAACAAACCAAGCGUUGAAACGGUACCAGACCCUGAUCCCCAAACCGUAACUGUUUCUCUAGAAUACCGCACUUCAUCUGCCGUCUACAGCUCAUCCACUACUCCUGCGCAAGUUAUUGUUGUCAUCGUAACUGGCACGGGUGAAUCAGUUUCACAGACGCCAGAAUACAAUACCACACAAACUGUUACGACGUCUGACCCGACAUUGGACCCUACUUCGGAAGUGACGCUCCUAGUCACGUCAGCCAGUACUCAACAUUACACUACUCACAGUACUGAAGACUACGUUUACACUACAGUCACCCAGUCAUCUUCUUUGCCACACGUCAGCUCUAGUACCAACACAAUAUACACGGUAACGGGGCAUUCUCCUCCAAGGCCGGUCCCGGAUACUAACGCUGCUGUUCCUACUUUAAAACCGAGUCGAUACUACUUGCUCAUUACAGCGGCCCUGGUAGCUAUAGGUCCUUCUAUAUUAACUCUACUUGGAUGGAACCCCUCACGAUUAGCAUCAAGCAUUGCCAACGCUAGUCGUAGCACUUGUGAAGAGACCGAAGGGAACAUCUCUGGGGAUGGUAGUAAUGGACGAGAGCCUAUGGAUCAGAAGGCCUCCGAUGAUGCGGAUGGAUGUAAUCACUGUUACCAACAAAUCAGAAAUCAUUAAGCUAAGACUCGAAAAAAUGUCACGACUUAAGCGGUGUCCUAUUCUAUCAGACGGAUAUCACUGGCAAGAAUUUAAUUGAUGAGACUGCAUUCGG